AUGCCCUCAAAGCUCUCGAUGAUUUCAAGUCACUAUCAGCUAUCAUUGGCCUUCUGGUAGCUGAUAGUAAGUGUGAGGUGUUCCUACCUCCUUCUGACUCAUCUCUUUCUUCCAUGCCCAGCACAAAUGUAGGGACAGUAGUACUCGGCUGUCCUAUUGGAUGCUCUUCAUUUGUUUCAUCACAUUGCAUAUCUUUUGUUGAGUCGGGUCAACUUCUUUGUGACAAGAUAUGCCAGUUGGGUGAUGCUCAAUGCUCAAUGUUACUCUUGCGUCACUGUCAUGUCUCAAGAACGAACCAUUUAGCUAGAUCUGUGCCUCCUGCAUUCUUGCAACCAUCAAAAACCAAACUCAUGACACCUUCAAGGCUAUUCUAUCACUUUAAUCCAUCACUGAAUCAAAAUGGAGUCAAUGUAACAUGCCUGUGAAAUAUGGAGGUUUAGGCUUGACGUCUGUAAAAGAUGUUGCCUCUGCGGCAUAUCUAGCAAGUUGGGCUCAUUCUGCAGCUACUUUGCCUAAAAGGUUCCAACUCUUUGGGAGUCACCUUAACGAUUCUCUUGGUCAUGGUAACGUUUCUCAAGUGAGAGAACUUUGUGAUCUACUUGUCAACCACACAAAGCUUCAGCACCGUCUCUCUGCCCAAGUCUUUUCAAGCAGAGUCGAGAUGUGUCUACAGACAGCUGGUGAUGCCAAAGACAAGGCUCGUUUAAGAUCCGUUCAAGGAAAAGUUACUGGCUCAUGGCUAGAAGCGGUUCCAUCCUUAGAAAAGCUUGCAUUCAACCACAUCGAGUUUGACCUAGCGGCUCUAUUGAGGAUGGGUUGCCCGAUGCCAUUUGGAGGUUGGCUGUCAUACUGUGAAUGUGGGAAAGUUCUCGACAAAGACGGAUACCAUCUUCUUAGUUGUAAACAUGGAGGAGGGCUUUUACAUGACUUCAACUAA